AUGUCUCAUCGACAAAAAAGAAAAAUUAAUAGUAAUACAGUACGAAAGAUGAUGAGUUGGGCACAUGCUAGGUUUAGAAAACGAUUGAUUUCCAAAAUAGAAGAAUUUGGAAAAGUUGUAAUAAUAUCCAUUUCAGAAGCGUACACAAGUAAAACAUGCAGCAGAUGUGGUUACAUUAAAAAGAAUCUAGGAGGAAAUAAAGAGUUAAAGUGCGAUA